UCUGGCGGUGACGGCGACAUCGAACGCUGCCUCACUUGCCGACAUCUGCACUGUGUCAAACAUUGAAUCUAUCCUGCCUUCAAUGGCACACUGCUUGGAUUGAACUUGAUUCCCGACGCGACGACGGCAGGCGCAGUCUACAAUGCAAGCACUGGCAUGGGCGGCACAACCAUGGGGAGUACCAGCUCGGGCAGCUCCACGACUUACAGCUACUGCAACGUGACCGUCACAUACACUCACCCGGGCAAGGACGACACAGUGGUUGUCAAAUACGCAUUCCCCGAACCUUCCGAGUUUGAAUCGCGCUUCUAUGUCGCUGGUGGUGGAGGCUACGCACUCAACAGCGACGCGACCGGCGGCCUCGAAUAUGGUGCUGCGGCAGGCGCAACCAGUGCCGGCUGCGAUGCCUUGGACUACAGCUACAUGGACAAAGUGCUGACAGGUAACGGGUCAAUCAACUGGGAUGCCACAAACAUGUUCGGAUUGGAGGCCUUGGGCGAGAUGGCACUGCUUGGAAAGUACCUCACGAAAGCCCUCUACAGCAUGUCUGACAGCGACAAACUCUACACUUACUAUGAGGGUUGUUCGGAUGGUGGACGCGAGGGCAUGAGUCAGGUCCAACGCUGGGGCACAGAGUACGAUGGUGUCAUUGCAGGUGCCCCGGCCUUCCGCUUCGCGCAACAGCAAGUUCUCCAUGUGUUCCCAGUCACCGUCGAGCAAACUUUGGACUACUACCCCAACCCAUGCGCGUUGGAUGUGAUUGUCAACGCCACCAUCAGCGCUUGUGACCCUCUCGACGGCCGAACAGAUGGCGUCGUGUCUCGCACUGAUCUGUGCAAGCUGAACUUCAACUUGAGCUCAAUCAUCGGAACAGCUUAUUACUGUGAAGGCACAUCUGCUUCUUCAGGAGCUGGAGGCCGUGGCCCGAGCGGCUCGACCACGACCAGCACCUAUGCUCCAACACAAAACGGAACCAUCAGCGCCCAGGACAUCGAGGUUGCGCAGGCUAUCUACGAUGGUCUUCACAACUCCGCGGGUCAACAGGCAUAUCUCUCCUGGCAGAUUGCUUCUUCCUUCGAAGAUGCCGUGACGGUGUGGAGCAACACAAGCGAAUCUUGGACGUAUGACAUUCCAUCCACCGGCGGCGAGUAUGUCACCCGCUUCGUCCAACUGCUCAAUACCACCAACCUCGACAAUCUCGACGGUGUCACGUACGACACAUUGGUGGGGUGGAUGGACACCGCUAUGAUUCGAUACUACAACAGUCUCCAGACCACUCUGCCGGACUUGUCACCCUUCCGCGAUGCGGGCGGCAAAUUGCUGCACUACCACGGUGAAUCUGAUCCUAGUGUACCCGCCGCAUCGUCCGCUCACUACUGGCAAUCCGUCCGGUCCAUCAUGUACGGCAAUCUGACUGAUGUUGAAGCCAUCGCGGAAAUGCAGGACUGGUACCAACUGUACUAUGUCCCCGGCGCGGCUCAUUGCGGCACGAACACUCUCCAGCCGGGACCGUACCCAGAAGACAACAUGGCCAUCAUGAUCGACUGGGUCGAGAAUGGAGUCCAGCCAAGUCGUCUCAACGCCACGGUGUCGUCCGGCACUUAUGCCAACGAGACUCAAUUGCUUUGCCAGUGGCCUACUGGUCCUCUGUGGAAUAGCGACACCACGUUUGACUGCGUCACGGAUAACGCCUCGAUUGAGAGCUGGACGUAUAGCUUCCCAGCGUUUGACCUUCCCGUCUACUAAGAGACAAAACAGAGGUCCGGCAGUAAUGGUAAUGGUGCCAUCAUUAGGCACAGUUUAUUCCGCGAGAACUUCGCAACGUUGUUCUUGAGAUUGACUGCCAAUGCCUGCCACGAAAAUAUCUUUGAGAUGGACUCAUGGUACAUAAUGUUUUAUAUCUUCUCCUCACCAGCAGAUAAAUGAUAAUGCUGAAAAUCUUUCCUCAAUUAUUGGUCGC